CCGGCCCCCGGCCCCACCUCCCCGUUAAAAGGCCAGCGGGGCACGUGGCUGGGGACCGUGCGGAGUUUGCGGCCGCCAGGCAGCAGCGAGCAGUUCCUUAGCUGGGCCGCCCCUGCUCCGUCCCCCGACGCACAGCCUGCAGUUGGCGCUACCUGUCUGCGGAGGAUCGCACCCCAGCGGAGGAGAGCACGGUGGCCAUGGCUCAAGCGGCGCCCGCCCAGCCAGAUACAGAGAAGAGCUCAUACCUCUACUCCACAGAGAUCACACUGUGGACCGUGGUGGCUGCCAUUCAGGCCUUGGAGAAGAAAGUGGAUUCCUGCCUGACCCGCUUGCUGACUCUUGAAGGACGCUCAGGGACGGCGGAGAAGAAGCUGGCAGACUUCGAGAAGACGGCCGUGGAGUUCAGCAGCCAGCUGGCGGGCAAGUGGGCCGUGCUGGGGACCCUGCUGCAGGAGCAUGGGCUGCUGCAGCGGCGGCUGGAGAGCUUGGAGAACCUUAUGAACAGCCAGAACUUCUUGGUCUUGCGACUUCCCCCCGGCAGCAAGGGCGAGUUCCCCAAGGUGCCUAUGACCUUUGAUGACUUGGCUGUGUAUUUCUCUGAACUGGAGUGGGCCACGCUGGAGGACUGGCAGAAGGAGCUCUACAGACGCGUGAUGACCGACAACUACGAGACGCUGGUCUCCCUGGAUUAUGCCAUCUCUAAACCGGACAUCCUCACCUGGAUAGAGAAGGGAGAACAGCCUUUCCCUGCGGGCCCCUGUGGCCAGGGGAGGGGGAGUGAAGAGAAGGCAGUGUGCCCAAGGAAACCAAACACUGGAAUCCCUCUGAGUCCAGAGCAUGCCCCAAGUCAAUCCAGCCCUGCCCAGGCAGAGCUUAAAGAAAGACAGGCACCCAAGCAUCAGCAGCAAGAGGAAGCAAGACUUACUCCACCUAAGCCAGACACUGGUGAGCAUGCCCCAAGUCCAGCCACCCCUGCCCAGAUGGAGCCUAAAGAAAGGCAGGCACCGCAGCAGCAGCAGGAGGAAGCAAGAGUUCCUCCAUCGGAGCCAGACACUGGUGAGCAUGCCCCAAGUCCAGCCACCCCUGCCCAGAUGGAACCUAAAGAAAGGCAGGCACCGCAGCAGCAGCAGGAGGAAGCAAGAGUUCCUCCAUCGGAGCCAGACACUGGGAGUCCAGCAAGCACCAACACUUCACCAGUUAAACAGGAGGAAGGGUCUACAGAGGGAGCAUUGCCACCCUCCCCUCCCACCGACAGCCUGCCUUCUGCAGGGCCAGGUGGUGGUGCCGUGGCCAUCAAGACAGAAGCCCUGUCUGAGGAUGAACCUGAGCAACGCCUUCUGGAGUUCCCCAGCCAGUCCAUGUAUCGAGUCCACAAAAGACCCAGGAGCAGGACUGAAGACCCCGGCCGGGAUCAUGCCCAGGAAGUGUCUAGGCUACACAUCAGGGAACCCCAGGCAGCAGACGUGGAAGAGCCACCCCGUGUCCUUCCUCGACAACGGCAGCAGGCAUUCCCGUGCCCUGACUGUGGGCAGACCUUCCGCUUGAAGAUUAACCUGACUAUCCAUCAGCGGACCCACGGGGACGAGGGACACAGGGAGGAGGUCCCGAGUGACUUGCCUGCUGAGUCAGGAGAUAGCCGCUCCACACUGGAACCAGGGGAGGUGGUGGUGCCUGGCCCGGUCAUCCGCUGGCUCCCUAGGGAUCCCGCAAGCCACCGCUCCCUGGGACAGAGGUCAGCAGCUAGGGUUUACCACUGUAGUGAGUGCCUGCGCUCCUUCCAGCGGCGGAAGACCCUGAUACUUCACCAGCGUCAGCACACAGGCAGCAGGCAAGGCUGGCCCGCCUGUCCCUUCUGCGGCAAGGCCUUCCGCCGGCCUUCGGAUCUCUUUCGUCACCAGCGCAUCCAUACUGGUGAGCGUCCCUAUCAGUGCCCCAAGUGUGACUGGGCCUUCAACAGGAACCACCACCUGACUGUCCACAUGCAGACCCACUCCUGAGGCCGGGCUGGCCUGCAUUUCCUCAAGUCCUCUGUCCACGUGGGGAGCCCAACCCUGCAAGGUCCCCACCCUGACAAGGAAGGAGGAACCUUCCAUGCCUCCCUCUGGUACCCCUGAGUACCCUGGCAGGAUCCUUUCUGCCUGACCUGACACUGGUCCCUCGUUCUGGGAUGGCUUUGGAGAGUCUUUCUGGCUUUGUUUUCCAUUCAGAUGGGGAGAAGUCGCCCUUUUGGUGACCUGGUUUUCUCCUUGCUUUCAAGUCUGGGUCUCAUCUCUUCUUUGCUGACCUUGUGCUCUUCCCCCCGGGCAGACUCCUUCAGGAAGGACCUUUCUCUUUUGCCAGGUGGCAGUUCCUUCAGGUUCUAGAAAGUGAGACUUUCUAGCUGAGCUGGUGCUUCAGGGGUCCUUCAGAAACACAGGCUGAAGACACAGCGUCAGACCACACAGUCUUGAGGACGGCUGGCUCAGUGAGCCUCGUUGCCGCACCAUGCUGGCCCGUGGUUUGCUCUCGUCUGGCGCUCAGACACCGGGGCACACUCAGGAGGGCCCCCAGGUUCUUCCUCUGGCUGUGCUAUUUCCUGGUGUCCUUCAGACUCUUGCCUCUCAAAAGUCCUGAACAGAUGAGGCAGAGGGUAGCACUGCCAUCAUUCCCCCGGACCAGGGACAAGUAAGCAAGCCUAUGGCCGUUAACCAUGCUUCUGCAUCCUAUGUGCCUGCUCACCCCAUUGUUGUCUGAGCCCUCUGAAGCAAGACAGCAGCUGUCAGUAAACACUCAGACAGGACGUACACCGUGUAUCUGUCUCAAGCAUAAUACUCAGCUUGCAAGAGCUCACUGCUGCUGUUCUAGAGGCUCAGGGCUAAGGUUCCUAGGCCUCUUUUCUAAUGCUAAAUGCUCCCUGGAAUCAAGUACUCUACAUCUGAAGCACAGCUAUAGCUGGGGAAGGUGGUGCUGUGUAACCCUAGUUGAUCCUGGGCUUGAGUGACUAUUUCCUCUACUUCCAAAAUGCUAAGCUUUACCUGCCUAGGUCAUCAUGCCCAGCUGGGCUUCAGUGGGACACGUUGAAAGGUGUUUUGAGUUAAAAGUGAACGAAGGCUGCUUGUUUCAGGAGCCCAGCUAUGGGUUCCAGACCCUUCUGGCUCCCUCAUUUUUAAAACAAAGAAAUGGUUGGGCUGUACGGCUCUAGGAACUAUGAAGGUGGCAAUCUUAGCCUAAUAGGUGCUCUAUAAACACGUUGCUUAAACUA